GGAUCUCUCCGGCGCUUCGAGGAGUGGAGACGCGCAGUGUCUCUGUGCGUCUCUUAGAGGAGGAGGUAUCAGCUGCCGGCAGGAGGGGAGCAACGAGGAGGAGCGGAAGAAGAGACAGCAAAGACAGACCUGCAUCGCAGACGACCAUUCCUUCACUGCUGGCGUCCUUUUCCACAGCAAAGCCACCUGCAGAAAAAAAACAAAAAAAAAAAAACGCUCCUUUUUUUUUGCUGCAGAUUUGAGUUGUUUUUUCUCUCCAAAGGCUCUCCAAUAUGUGUCGGAUCUAAACAUCUCUAGACACAUUAGAGGAAUAUCAGACUCCCCUGGUGGAUGUGGACACCUUGAAACUGUGGAACCAUGGACAAGAUAGUGAAUUUAUCCGUUUCAGUUCUACUGGUUUUAUGGGGAUGCGCGCUGGGAGGCUCGCCCAGUGUUCAGAUUGGAGGACUCUUUCCAAGGGGUGCGGAUCAAGAGUACAGCGCAUUUCGGAUAGGAAUGGUUCAGUUUGGCACCUCGGAAUUCAGAUUGACGCCCCACAUUGACAAUCUGGAAGUGGCGAACAGUUUUGCUGUAACCAACUGCUUCUGUUCACAGUUCUCAAGAGGAGUCUACGCCAUUUUCGGAUUCUACGACAAGAAGUCUGUCAACACCAUCACGUCGUUUUGCGGGACGCUCCACGUCUCCUUCAUCACGCCCAGCUUCCCUCUGGAUGGGAAUCAGCAGUUUAUCAUCCAGAUGAGACCUGAUAUCAAGGGGCCCCUCCUCAGCCUUAUCGAGUACUACAAGUGGGACAAGUUUGCCUACCUGUACGACAGUGAUCGAGGCCUGACGACGCUGCAGGUUGUGCUGGACACAGCAGCAGAGAGGAAGUGGCAUGUGACAGCAAUCAACGUGGGGAACCUGAAAGAUGAGAGGAAGGAUGAGGCCUACCGCUCUCUGUUCCAAGAUUUGGAGAACAAGAAAGAGAGGAGGGUGAUCCUGGACUGUGAACAGGACAAAGUCAAAGACAUCAUGGAGCAGGUCAUCACAAUUGGCAGACAUGUUAAAGGCUACCACUACAUUAUAGCCAAUCUGGGUUUCAUUGAUGGGGAUUUAACCAAAAUCCAGUAUGGCGGUGCCAACGUGUCGGGCUUUCAAAUUGUCGAUUUCGAUGAUCCUUUGGUGUCCAAGUUUGACCAGAGAUGGGAGGCCCUAGAAGAGAAGGAGUAUCCUGGUGCCGACAGUAAAAUAAGGUACACAUCAGCGUUGACGUACGACGCCGUUCAGGUGAUGACGGAGGCCUUCCGCCACCUGCACAAACAGCGCAUCGACUUCACCAGGAGGGCCAACAAUGGGGACUGCCUGGCCAAUCCUGCCGUUCCCUGGACUCAGGGAAUGGAGAUCGAGCGAGCACUGAAACAGGUGCGUGUGGAAGGCCUGACGGGAAACAUCCAGUUCGAUCAACAUGGCAAGCGAGUCAACUACUCAGUGAACAUAAUGGAAUUAAAGACGAACGGUCCCGUAAAGAUUGGAUACUGGAAUGAAGUUGACAAAAUGGCUGUCACCAAAUCGGAUGUCUUUGCAAAUGACUCAACAGGAAUGGAAAACAAAACAGUUAUUGUCACAACCAUCUUGGAAGCUCCGUAUGUGAUGCUGAAAAAGAACUCUGACCUUCUUGUAGACAAUGACCGCUACGAGGGUUACUGUGUAGAUCUGGCGGCGGAGAUAGCGAAGCACUGCGGCUUCAAAUAUCAACUGAAAAUAGUGAGCGAUGGGAAAUAUGGAGCCAGAGAUGCAGAGACCAAAAUCUGGAACGGGAUGGUUGGAGAGUUGGUGUAUGGGAAAGCAGACAUUGCUGUCGCUCCUCUGACCAUCACUUUGGUACGAGAGGAGGUGAUUGACUUCUCCAAACCCUUUAUGUCUCUGGGAAUCUCUAUCAUGAUAAAGAAACCUCAGAAGUCCAAACCAGGAGUCUUCUCUUUCCUGGACCCGCUGGCCUACGAGAUCUGGAUGUGUAUCGUUUUUGCCUACAUCGGUGUCAGCGUGGUGCUGUUCCUCGUCAGCCGCUUCAGCCCGUACGAGUGGCACACUGAAGAGUAUGAAGAUGGGCAGAUCCAGACCAAUGAGUCGACUAACGAGUUUGGCAUAUUCAACAGCCUCUGGUUCUCCCUUGGAGCCUUCAUGCGCCAAGGCUGUGACAUCUCACCUAGAUCACUGUCUGGGCGCAUUGUUGGCGGCGUUUGGUGGUUCUUCACUUUAAUCAUCAUCUCCUCCUACACCGCCAACCUGGCUGCUUUCCUAACUGUCGAGAGGAUGGUCUCUCCCAUUGAAAGUGCAGAAGACCUGGCAAAACAGACCGAGAUAGCGUAUGGGACUCUGGACUCUGGCUCUACUAAAGAGUUUUUUAGGCGCUCAAAAAUUGCCCUCUUUGACAAAAUGUGGACAUACAUGCGCAGUGCGGAGCCCUCCGUGUUUGUGAAAACCACAGCCGAGGGGGUUCUGAGAGUCCGGAAGUCCAAGGGGAAGUACGCCUACCUGCUAGAGUCCACAAUGAACGAGUACAUCGAGCAGCGGAAACCCUGCGACACCAUGAAGGUGGGAGGCAACCUGGACUCCAAAGGCUACGGGAUCGCCACGCCCAAAGGAUCCUCAUUAAGAAAUGCGGUUAACCUCGCAGUACUAAAACUGAAUGAGCAAGGCCUGUUGGACAAAUUGAAAAACAAAUGGUGGUACGACAAAGGAGAGUGCGGCAGCGGGGGAGGUGAUUCCAAGGAGAAGACGAGCGCCCUCAGCCUGAGCAACGUGGCUGGGGUCUUCUACAUUCUGGUCGGAGGACUCGGUUUGGCCAUGCUGGUGGCCUUGAUUGAGUUCUGUUACAAGUCCCGAGCCGAGGCGAAACGAAUGAAGAUGACCUUUGGGGACGCCAUGAGGAACAAAGCGAGACUUUCCGUCACUGGGAGUACUGGGGAGAAUGGUCGGGUGAUGACUCCAGAGUUUCCCAAAGCUGUCCACGCUGCCCCUUACGUGAGACCUGACAUGGGACUAAACGUCAGCCUGACAGAUCUGUCCUGAUCAAUGAGAAACUUCUGAGUGCCUUACAAUGGUUUCAAUAGAGCGAUUUUUUUCUUGUCCUUGCCCUCCCUCCUUCUGUUCUGGCGCUUUUUCUGUCUCUGUCUGGUGAAAAAGGAAAGGUAGGAGAUGGAGGCUUCAUUUUGUGUCUCACAAAGACUUGUAUUGUUGCUCUCUGUCUCUAUUUCGCACCGUAUAAAACACCUGUCUCUCUCUCUGGGUGGAAUUACAUCUCGGAAUAUAAAAUGGAGGCUCUUUUUUUCUAUACUGAUGACAUCACGCUUUCUAACUGUCUGGACUGAGACGGAAACGAGGGCUUGAUUGACGGCAACGGCUGCUUCUGGGAGUUUCAGUCAUCUCAACUGUGUUUGUGUGUCUGAGUGUGUGUGUGUGAAGAGCGUGGGUGUGUGUGCGUCUUGGGAAGAUGUCGUCAAAAACACACUGUUUCUGUAGCCACCACCGCCAAACAGGAUUUUCAAGCACACUUGAUAUCAUCUGCAUUAAGAUGUGAAAUUGUCCUUUUUUUUUCUAAGAAAAUCUAGAAAAAAGUUUAUUGAAAAAAAAUAUUUUUAUGUAUUUUCACAAAAUAGCUUUUAAAUAAACUUGCUUACAUACUGGUUGGAUAUAAACAUCUUGUGAGUAUUAAGAAAGAAAAAAAUACUAAACAGCUUCUAGUUCCAUAUUUUUAAAGCCAAAUACAUUGCAUAUGGGGCUGAGAUGUUGAAAUCAUGUAAUUAAUUCCUAUUCUAAACUUUCCUGUAUAUUUUAUUCUUUAACAUUUGGUGUUGAUAUGAAAUAUAUGUCAAUGCUUGACAUUUGGAAUCAAUCCUUCUAUGUUUUUCUUGUUAGAGUUGGUGCAGCGAUUUUUGCUUUAUUCUUUUGUCCCUUUGUUUGCUUCAGUGCUUUUGUUGUUUGUAUUUUUUCUGACGAGAACCAGGGUUGUUCUACUUUGAAGAGGAAAUUAACCUGUUUACACGCCAUCAAUGCAAAACAACAAAAAAAAAUAGUAUGGUCUGGUAUUAUCGCAUCACAUUUUGAAGUGACAUCAAAAAGAGGCAUCGACAUCCACAUGGUUUUACGUGGUGGUUUUAAAAUGCCAAAUAAGUAAGAGUGCCAAAUUCUAGUGCCAGUAGAUAUGAAUAUAGUCUUAAUAUAAUCAAUCACUGUCAUCUCAGUGAAUGUAAAUGAUACAUUCUGUAACUUUUGUAACUAGGUGUACAGUUGGUGGCAAUGACAGUGCUAAUACAAUAGCCUUUACGCUUUGUUUUCCAGUCUCCAUGUGUUUUGAAUUGAUCUGACAAUAAAGUAGCACCAGUUGCAUGUUGUUGCCGCAGAUACUACAUACGUUUAUUUCAUUACUGCCAAACAUGCGUUUUCAUUUUAAUGUUGAAGUUGUGAGGUUAAUUGUUUGAAAUUGGAAAUACAAUGUUAGACAUAUAUACAAUAUAUACAUAUAUACAUAUAUUUUAUAUAAAAAGUUUGAAUAUGAACAAUUAUAGCCCCUUUUCAUUAUGGCGUCAAAGCUACUCUGCUUCCAUUAAAUACUAAAUUUGGUUACUUAUUCAGAAACUACAGUUUAAUUUAUUUGUUUCAGUUAUGCAGUCCAUAAGUUACUUACCAAACUUAUACAGACGAGCACUUCUAAUUAUAAGACACCUUUUUAUUUUAUUUUAUUUUAUUUUAUGAAAUUGACCUAUGAAGAGUCCUCUACUGCAACAGAAAGGGAGGUGAACUGUAUUAUUAUUAUCACUGUUGUUUUUGUAAUCAACAAUAGAAACAUAUACCGUAGUUGCUUAUCAAUUUCAUCGCAUAUUCAGGCUAUUCUCACUGACAUUUUGUAUAUGGAAUGUGUGCUAACUUGUUUAUUUUUUGGGACUCUUUCUAAAUAAAAGUGGCUGAUCUCUUGUUA